UGUGGGUCAUGUGUCCACGCACGGCGCGCAUGGUUUCGCGAAGGUUCGAUUUGUGCUGUCAUUAGCAUUGUAAUUAGUUAUUAUUAGCACUUUGGACAUUCCUUACUUUCAGGAGAAACACGAAAAAGCCUUGUAAAUGAUAUCACAACGGUGCGAAAAUAAUUAAGAAUAAAAGUUAAUAAAAGUUUGAAAGACUAAUUUAGGAACCGACGAAGAACCAUGUCGAAUUGUACAAAGUUGUGCACGCCGCUUCCUAAAAGUCAGACUAGUCAUAUUAAGAUCUGCGAGAACACUCAGCAGUAUGUCAUUGAUUUUUUGCAAAACCUGUUGCCACCGUCCGACCGUAAAUCUAUUCCGGACGAGCUGCGAAAGACCUUCAUAUUUAAUAAGAUUCGAUCGAAGCGCAAGCAGAAAGUGGAGAGAGGCAAGUUCUUCUCCGCCAGGAAGAGAUUACGCCUUGGUCUGGGCAGGGUCGGCAACAGGAAUCAGAUCAAGUAUUCCGAUCUUCUGCCCUUGAAUCAAUUGUGGCUGCAGUACAUGCGAGAAGCGCUCGGCGUUGAAUCGUUCACCAGUAUACCGAAAAAUCCUAGCAGUCCAAAUUGGGAGAAUGUAAACUUGCAGUUGAUGAAAGCAGACUUCCACGGUGCCAGAAUCUCCAUUGAUAGAUCAAGAUGCCCCAGUCUGGUGGGAGUCACGGGAAUCGUCAUACAGGAUACAAGGAACACCUUUAGGGUUUGUGGGACGGACAAUGUUAUUCGAACGAUACCAAAGGAUGUGGUUAAGAUUAAUAUUUACUUGGAUGAUGGUGUGAUAUUAAAAGCGUUUGGAAGGGAGCUCUCUAUAAGGCCUGCAGAACGAGCGGUUAAAAAAUUUAAGAAUAGUUCAAUUAUGCUGUUGUGAUAAAUAUUUAAUAUAAUAAUAUUGAUAGAAUUGAUACCAUCCCGAGAUUUACAAAUCAGCGCUAAAUCUCAAAGAAAUUGUGUUGCG